UGGUGCUUAGUAAAAGGAAAAAGAAAUAUCCGAAGAGUUAUCCAAAGGAGCCUUAAACGAUGUAUAAUACGCUUUUUCUGUGUUCCUAGUCUUUAUUUCUUGACAAGUGCGCUAGCUUUUAUACUAAUAUUACACUACAAUGACCAGUCCCAAAUCUAUUCUUCAUGGCGGAUACCACCAUAAUUUAUCUCGUUCUUGGCAAGCCGAACGCACAUUAACCAAAGACAUGCUCAUGUACCCUCUUUUCAUUACCGAUGAUCCUGACGCUUUUGAAAGCAUUGACUCUCUUCCCGGACAAUAUCGUAUUGGUAUCAACAAACUUCAAGCAUUUAUCGAUCCCCUUUACAAAAAAGGUUUAAAGUCUGUCAUUUUGUUUGGUGUUCCCUUAAAAGAAGGUGUCAAAGAUGCUACGGGUAGCCGUGCCGAUGACCCUGAAGGACCUACCGUUCUUGCUGUACGUCUUUUACGUCAGCACUUUCCCAACCUUUUCAUUGCCUGUGAUGUAUGUUUAUGUGAAUAUACUUCCCAUGGCCACUGCGGUAUUUUGAGAGAAGACGGUACCUUGAAUAAUGAUUUAUCUAUUCAGCGUAUUGCGGAAGUCGCUGUAAAUUACGCAAAGGCAGGCUGUCAUGCCGUUGCUCCCUCGGAUAUGAUGGACGGUCGUAUUCGUGCGAUUAAGCUGGGGCUGAUGGAAGCUGGAUUAGCGCACAAGGUGAUGCUGAUUAGUUAUGCCGCUAAGUUUGCUGGUCCUUGGUACGGUCCAUUCCGUGACGCGGCCAACUCCGCACCUAGUUUUGGUGAUCGUCGAUGUUAUCAACUGCCUUCCAAUGCCAGAGGAUUGGCUCGUCGUGCUAUCAAAAGAGAUAUGGAAGAAGGCGCUGAUAGUAUUAUGGUCAAACCUGGUUUGCCUUAUUUGGAUAUUGUAAGAGAAGCAAGUAGCGACCUGCUAGCAGGGGACUAUCCUAUCUCUGUCUACCAAGUCUCUGGUGAAUAUGCAAUGUUAUACCAUUCCGCUAAGGCAGGCGUGUUCGACUUGAAGACAAUUGUGAUGGAGUCCAUGAAUGGAUUUUUAAGAGCUGGUGCUACCCUUAUUUUGACUUACUUUACACCUGAUCUGUUAGAUUGGUUGGAUGAGGAAGAAAAGAGAUAGAUAUUGAAUAGUUACUAAGAAAGAAAGCAUGAAAAGCCAAGAACGCUUUUGUCAUUUAUUACUUGU